CAAUAUACCUAGCAUGGUAGUGUGUAUUUGUGUUUAUGUUCAGUUAAAUUGGUUGCUUGUGAGUUUGCUUCACAAACCUGCAGUGUAAAGGGACACGGUAUUUUUUUUUGAAUAAUUUAUAAUGGCUAAUAGCUACAGAAAACCUGCUUUUGGACCUAACCAGCGGAGAAAACCAGGUACCGGUAAUAAACCAGAGCUGGCGGAAGAGCAGAAGCAAGAAAUCAGGGAAGCGUUUGACUUGUUUGAUACGGAUGGGUCUGGCACCAUUGAUGUUAAAGAAUUGAAGGUUGCCAUGCGUGCAUUAGGGUUUGAACCGAAAAAAGAAGAAAUAAAGAAGAUGAUUGCUGAUGUUGAUAAGGAAGGAUCUGGAACAAUUGAUUUUAAUGACUUUUUAUCUAUGAUGACACAGAAAAUGAGUGAAAAGGACACCAAAGAAGAAAUUUUAAAAGCCUUUAGGUUGUUUGAUGAUGAUGGAACUGGCAAAAUAUCUUUCAAGAACCUUAAGAGAGUAGCUAAAGAACUUGGUGAAAAUCUGACUGAUGAAGAACUCCAGGAAAUGAUUGAUGAAGCCGACCGGGAUGGAGAUGGUGAGAUUAAUGAGCAAGAGUUUUUAAGAAUCAUGAAGAAAACAAGUCUGUAUUGAAAAUAAAUUGUGUAACAGCAGAGGAUUUCUUUCUUUUUCUACAGUGGUAUUGUAUGUUUCAAGAAGUAGGAUGUUAUGCACUUAUAUAUGUAUAACAUACCAUAAGUAAACAAUUUGUAGUUUAACUUGUGUCAUAGAAGUUUGUGCCUAUUUUAACUUGCACUAUGAUUUUUCUUUUUGACAUGUGUACUAUUGUUUGUUUCUUCCAUAUGGAAAUUUACAUAUUUUUUCUAAAUACCAAAAUAUGUAUGAUAUUGUAUGAAGCACUGAAUCAACAUUUUGCAACUGUUUAUAAAUUAAAUGUUUUAUUGCAGAAUAUGCAUGCUUUUAAUAAUUUAUAUUAUAUCCAGGUUUAUACAAUUCUUGACUCCAAUUGAAUAUAAACAAGAAGGAUACAUUAGUUAGGGUGGCUCUGAUAUUUUAUUUGUUUAAUUGAUUCUCUCAAUUCUACCUGUGCUGCUGUUUAUAUUGAUUUAUGGUACAUAAUGUACUGGAACUGCCAUUUUAGAGUUUCAGUAUGGAGGUGGUUCAAUGUGCUGAAGGGGGUUUUAUUGUGGGGGUCUUGACAUUUUGCUUCCCACCCCUGAUUUUGUACUGUGAAUCCCAUAAGCAUGAUGAACAUAUAAUAAAAGUAGUACCUUGCUAAAGUACCAAUUCUAGGCUGUCAGCCCACCUGGUUAUGAACCGUUUCCUCUUUAUUUUGUUUUGCUGCCUGCCUCUUCUCUUCCUGUGACGUUUGAGGUCCAAACCUUCCUAUUCUAGACUUUAGUAAACAAUUUUUCAACUUUUGUCUGUGUCUUUUUUUUUUUUUUUUUAUAUGAAUCUACAAUGCAUUUCAUAGUCUGGCCACAAAGUUGAGGACAGUACAGAUUGACCAUAAAUGCUUGGUACCAGACACAUGCAUGAUUUGUGUAUUUGGUAAUGUACAACAUAGUUUAAACAUACUUCCUUUUCUCUACAAUGUACAACAGAAUACUCCGUUAAUGCUGUGGUUAUUUCACUUGCAGUAUAAGGAUGACCAUAGACAACCUACUUACCCCUCGGGCUUGUGGGCGGCAAUCCUUAUUUGUGGGCUAACUACAGUACUUCAGGGAAUGUUCAUGUUGUAUCUUCUAUUUAUUCCAAAUAAUUGCUGAUCCUGAUGUCAUUUGAACUUUCAUUGAUUAAAUUGUGUAAGAUUUUAUGUACAGUGUUUGGUAUGCCUUUCAGAUCAAUAGAUAUUUUUUUUUUCAGUAAUUGUCACUUUUAUUCAUAAGCUAUUCUCUAUGACUAGUAAGUAGUAGUCACUGUAAUACAAAAGGGUGAACUGCUGAUAUGAAAACUAAUUAUUUUUGAGUGUGCUCAAUGUUAACAUUGCCUUAGGAAUUCCAGUGAAGUUAUUUAUUUCCAUCCCUUUUUCACUUUUGCCUGUUUUGGAAUGAUAUACAUGCAACAGUAGGGUUGGUCUAUUGCAAGGGGUAAGCAACAAAUAGAAGUGCUGUGGAUUUAUGUGGAUUAACUGUUUUGGCAACCUAAAAACAAAUUAAGUAAAAGUCUGACCAGUAAGGCACUCUCCCCCUAUUUUUUAAUCUUAAGUAAAGCUGAAUUAUAAUUUUUCAGCUAAUUAAAGUCCUGUGAUGUACUAUAUGUAAUCAAAUGUUUUAGUAGCACCUGUAAGGAGAGUCAGAGUACUAUCUAUA